ACACCUGACCAUUAUCAGAAUCAAUACUGUUUUGAAUAUAGUGCAGUUAACAGCUAUCACCAGUUUUUAUUUUAUUUAAAUAAAUUAGAAAAUUUACUGUCAUAGUAAUAGCCAAACCUAAGUAAUGCCACCACCUCACGCUCUGCCAUGCGGCCCCUACUGUGGCAGCGGAAACUGUCAGCCACACUGUUACUUCCGUAACCAACCUCCCGCACCACCACAUCUGCAGCAAUGGAAGCCACCGCCGUACAGCAUUCCACCAUCAACGUACCCGGACCCGUACCCGCCUCAGCACCAUCCACCUCACUAUCCGCCACAUUAUCCUCCGCAUCAGCCUCCUCAUCACCCUCCGCAUCACCCUCCUCACCACCCUCCGCAUCACCCACCACAUCACCCUCCCCACCACCCCGGGCCACCCCACUACCCACCCAGUUUUGAUGCUAUGAAGAGAUAGAUUUUCCGUUCUUGGUUUAAAAACUUCUAAUAUUCUUUGUUAAAAUUAUUACAAUAGUUAUUUUGGCGUAUAAAAAUUAUGUAAUUUGUAAAACCACAUUGUAAUAAAAAAGAAAAUUAUUCUUCUGUAUAUAGGUACUGAUAUUGUUUACAUGUCUUUAAAAGAUCUGUGAUAUGAAAAUAAAAUGGUAUUUUAUU